AUGCGGCGUGAGAUCCGAGAUACAGAGGCGUGUCGCUCGGUGCGUAUUCCCUCCGUGGGCCGUCCUAUCCCCUCUCAUCCUGCCCUCCUAUCCUCCCCUGACGUCCUAUCCUCUCACAUCCUGCUCUCCUCUCCUCUCCUGCUCUCCUCGCCUCUCUUGCUCUCCUAUCCUCUCCUCUCCCAUCCUGCGUUCGCCUCUCUCAUCCUGCUCGAAAUUUGCCGCGUGUCGCGCGGUGGGAUCUCCGGAAACAGUAGGCGCGCGCAACAGUGUGGUUUCCGGAAUCCGGAUGCCAACCUCCCUCGGUGCGUACGCGGAAAUCUCGCUUCCCCUUCCCCUUCCUCUUCCUCUCCCUGCCUUCCUCUCCUCUCGCUUCCUGCCAUCAUCCCCUCUCCCGUCCUGCCUUCAUCUCCUCUCCCGUGCUGCCUUCAUCUCCUCUCCCGUGCUGCCAUCAUCUCCUCUCCCGUGCUGCCAUCAUCUCCUCUCCCGUGCUGCCAUCAUCUCCUCUCCCGUGCUGCCUUCAUCUCCUCUCCCGUGCUGCCUUCAUCUCCUCUCCCGUGCUGCCAUCAUCUCCUCUCCCGUGCUGCCAUCAUCUCCUCUCCCGUGCUGCCAUCAUCUCCUCUCCCGUGCUGCCAUCAUCUCCUCUCCCGUGCUGCCAUCAUCUCCUCUCCCGUGCUGCCAUCAUCUCCUCUCCCGUGCUGCCAUCAUCUCCUCUCCCGUGCUGCCAUCAUCUCCUCUCCCGUGCUGCCAUCAUCUCCUCUCCCGUGCUGCCAUCAUCUCCUCUCCCGUGCUGCCAUCAUCUCCUCUCCCGUGCUGCCAUCAUCUCCUCUCCCGUGCUGCCAUCAUCUCCUCUCCCGUGCUGCCAUCAUCUCCUCUCCCGUGCUGCCAUCAUCUCCUCUCCCGUGCUGCCAUCAUCUCCUCUCCCGUGCUGCCAUCAUCUCCUCUCCCGUGCUGCCAUCAUCUCCUCUCCCGUGCUGCCAUCAUCUCCUCUCCCGUGCUGCCAUCACCUCCUCUUCCGGCCUGCAUUCAUCUCCUCUCCCUUCCUGCCUCCCUCUCCCCCCUCUUUCUGUCCUCCCUUCUCCCCUCUAUUUCUGUCCUCUCUCUUCUCCCGUGCGGCCCUCCCUCCUCUCCUCUCACAUCCUGCCCUCCCCUCUGCCCUGCCAUCCUCUCCAAUCCAGCCCACGUAUCCUUUCCCGGCCUGCCACUCACUUUGUGUACCGUGCCUCUUAA